GCAUCAGAAUUGCAUGACUAGCUAUAAAAUGAGAAGCCGAGGCAGUUGCGCCAUUCAGAUUUUCGUCAGUGAUUUCUACAGUAAUGGCUGAGCCGAAAACCGCCCCAGCACCCAAAAAGGGUUCAAAGAAGGCUGUUUCUAAGAGUCAGACGAAAGGUGGGAAGAAACGCAGAAAGUCCAGGAAGGAAAGCUAUUCCAUCUACGUGUAUAAAGUGAUGAAGCAAGUACACCCCGAUACUGGUAUUUCUUCUAAGGCGAUGGGUAUCAUGAACUCCUUUGUGAACGACAUCUUUGAGCGCAUCGCCCGUGAGGCUUCUCGCCUAGCGCACUACAACAAGCGCUCGACAAUUUCUUCAAGGGAGAUCCAGACUGCCGUGAGACUGCUGCUGCCGGGUGAGCUUGCUAAGCAUGCCGUGUCUGAGGGCACUAAGGCAGUCACCAAGUACACCAGCUCCAAAUAAAAUGGCGGACGUCAUGCUCGAAAACAACGGCUCUUUUCAGAGCCACACACUUAAGCUACAAAGAGCUCCAUUUAACGGAUAAGCCAUCGUUGAGAUGGCCACAUUUUAACUGCUUGUCUCGUACUUUACUUGGCUGGCCCUUUCAUCAAAGGUGACUUUAAUAACCGGUUACAUUUCUUUUUUGGGCUUUCAGUCGAAGAGCCCCGCUUGUGACCACAGCGUCCGUAUCAGGCUUUGAACCCACUCGGGGUCUCGUGUUCAACGUCUUAAGCGGUACGCCGAAAUACUAUUCCUCCUCCGUACGGAUGCACCUUUGAAUGCAGCACUCUGGCAUUCCAUGCACAAAUCCUGCUCUGUGCUCCCCUCGCGUUUGAAUUUGAGUGUGAACGUUAACAAUUUGAAAAAAUGCUGUAUUAAGUUAAAGUUUAGAUUUUAUAAUGGACUAAUAUUUGAUAUUUUGGAUUAUAGGGCUCUUUUUCAUAAUUUUUAGACCUGUAUAAAGCAUUUUACACUCUAGAACAGGGGUGGGCAAUGUUAGUCAUGGACAGCCUCAGUGGCUGCAGGUUUUUGUUCCAACUCCGUUUCUUAAUGAGAACAUUUAUUGCUGAUGAAGCACUUAUUGCUUAAGUGACAUUUGAUGCUUAAUUUUAGUGGUCCCGCUUGUUAAGGUUCCCCACCCUCGAUUGCUUAUUUCAUAUCUUAAACAGCUGCAUUCACUGUUUUAAUGGCUCCUUAUUAGCAAUAAAAUGAAAAUGAGACAGCAGUUCACCAUCUAGGUGGUUCAUUUAAAUCUGUGUGUUCAUCAUGCACGGUUUGAUUUAAUAAAAUAUGUAAUAGAAAAUGUGACAGACUGAAAAUCAUCUGUUUUAGGUUUCAGACCAUUUGGAUGAUAUCCUUGGAGAGGAAAAAAUCUAUGAGAUAAGAACAUUACAUUGCAUAUUGCCAAUCUCGCACCUUAUUUAAUUUUAUGUUUGUUAAAGAUUGGUUUCUAAUUAAGCAGUUGGGUUGGAAUGAAAACCUGUAGCCUGCACUGCAGCUCUCCAGGACUAAUAUUGCCCAGCCCUGGUCUAGAACAUUUGUUUAUAUUCCAAACUUUGGAAUGUUUUGGUAAAAGAUUUAUGAAGAUAAGUAAGACACUUCGAGGCAUAUUAAUAAUUCAAUAUCUCUUUCACAUGGCACAAAAAAAAAAAACUCUUGAUGAAAUGAGGAAUUUAGCAAAGAUGUCCUUGUUCUCCAUUCCUUUUUAUUACAGUUGCAGAUAUUCUUGCUAUUUUAGUUAAGAAUAUUCCAGAAAAGUUCUAUAAUGAGGGAAUUGUUGUUAGUAGAUAAAGUGAAAUGUGUUACAUUUAUGGUAGAUGUGUUAAAUUGUACAACAUAAGCCAAAAGUAGAACAGAAAAUUAAGAUCAUUUUAAAAGCUGUGCAAAAUAUCUAGAAAUGAAAUAAAGGAAAAUGUCUGAAUCCUAGACAUUAUUAAUGAUGUUCUACAGGGAAGGGGCAAUAGCACUUAAAUGGCAAAGAAGGACUGAUAAUGUUAAUUUUAAUAGUGCAAUGGAAUGCAAGAAGCUUGUUGACAAAUGGACUUCAAUUCAAGAAAUGUAUCAAUGUCAUGUAAAAAAAAAAAAAGUGUACAAGAAACAUGGCUGAAAUCUCAUCUAUGUUUCACAAUACAAGGAUAUAUUGAUAUAAGAUGUGAUAGAAAAAAAGGUAAUGGUGGAGGAGUAGUCACUUGUAUUAGAAAUAAGAUAGCACAUUGAUUUUUGGAAGUUGGGGUGGAUAAUAAGUCAGUUAUAGCUGAAAUAUGGGCAAGGAAUAGUACAAUUCAGAUAAGUUUUUAUAACCCUUGUGGGAAAUUAAUGCAGAAAGUAUUAGAUGAAGUGUGUGGAAACAUGAAAAGUAGAAGUAUAUGGUGUGAGGAUUUUAAUGGUUAAUACAAUGUGGGGAUGUAGUAGCACAGAUAAAGACAUGCAGGGCAGUGAUAGAAAAAUUCUAAGAAGAAAUCUGUUUUAUGUGUUUAAAUGAUUGUAGAGAACCAUUUGUGAAUCUGUAUAAUAAUACUGUUUCAGCUACAGACCUCACUCUGGCAUCAGGAGAUCUAGCAAGAGUAUUUGAGUGGGAAUUGAAUCAUAGCAUCACAAUGGGCAGUGAUCAUUUUCUUAUUAUGUGUAUAUUGGGUAAAAAAGCACAACAAAUAAAAGAUUAGCAAACAUGUUUCAAAAUGGAAGUUUAAAAAGGCAAAAUGGGAGGUAUAUAAAUAUUUAUGUAAAAGCAGGUUCCCAGAUCAGUUAGACUUGGAGGAUAUUGAUUAAGUUAUGAUGUUGUGUGUGAGUCAAUCAAAUCAGUAGCUAAAGAAGCAAUUCUCAGAAAUAAAGUGGUAAGAAGAUGUAAAUAAUCCCAAUGGGGGAACUGAUGAAUGUAAAAAUGCAAUAAAAGAGAGAGAAUAAAGCUUUCAGAAAGCCAAGGCAAUGUUA